AUGGACUCCACUAAUGAGGCUCAAGUUCCUGGCACGGGGGGCUACGCCGAGCCCAGGGCUAUGCCCAAUCAGCAGUAUCAGGAAACGCCGCCGCCGGCGGCGAGCGCACAAGCUGCAAUGCCAGCAGGACCACCACCACCUGCACCUCAACCUGGCCCGGCUGAGGCUGAUGCCAGUGGCACGGCCCAGAUGCUAGCUAGCCUAGUACACAUGUUCUCCAUGCAGCAGCAGACAAUGGCAUUAAGCCAGCAGCAGAUGCACACUUUUAUGGCGCAGCAGGCGCAAUUCCAACAUGAAAUGUACGAGCUAUGGCUUCUCCACAUAGAAGAGCACUUUGCCGCCAACACUCUUGAGAUGGAGAGAAAUGACUCACGAUUCGUUGAAGUUGUCGUCCCAUUUCUGGGCGUAGAUAUCAUGGCGUGGUACGGUGAGUUCAAGCAUGCGAUUGGCACCAACCCCCGAUUACGAGUUCAAGCUGUUGACGAAAUGCAUGAUUUGCAAGUGUCAAGUACGCAACAGGGGUACAGGACUAAGUUUAUGCAACUGCUGUCCAUGUCCUCCAUCGACAUGUCCGAAGUGGUAAAACGCUAG